UUUAGUGUACAAAACGUGAAAAUAAUUAUAAAUAUGGUCAGAAAAUUAAAAUAUCAUGAACAAAAACUAUUGAAAAAAGUUGAUUUUUAUUCAUGGAAAGUUGAUAAUAGUGGGCAUGAAAACAAAAUUCUUAGAAAAUACCAUAUAAGAAAGAGAGAAGAUUAUACAAAAUACAAUAAAUUGGCUCGAAAUAUCCGUGAUUUAGCGGAGAAAAUUUCAAAAUUAGAAUCUAAUGAUCAAUUUAAAGCUGAAGCUUCUGCAAUAUUACUUGAUAAACUUUAUAAUAUUGGAUUAGUACCAACAAGAUUUAAUUUAGAGAAUGCAGGUUCUGUUAGUGCAAGCAGUUUUUGCCGAAGAAGAUUACCAAUUGUAAUGGUUAGACAAAAACUUUCCCAAAACGCUGCUAGUGCAACAAAUUUAAUAGAACAAGGGCAUGUACGAGUAGGCCCGGAAAUGAUUAAAGAUCCAGCAUUUUUAGUAACAAGAAAUUUGGAAGAUUUUAUUACUUGGAUUGAUGGUUCCGCAAUUAGAAAACACGUUUUAGAAUACAAUGAUAUGAAAGAUGAUUUUGAAUUUUAAAUAAAUUUUAUAUAUGUAUGUAAUAUGUAUAUAAUAAUCCUUCUUUGUAAUUAAUUUUUUAGAAUAAAUAAAUUUAAGUUUAUCGAUAA